CCUCCACAUUCCCGAUUUCCAUUUUGGAUAUUAAACCACUAACUGCAUACGACUCCCGAAACGGGAAGAAGCACACACACACACACACACAUCAGCUCCGAUCUUUUUGAGACAGGAGAAACGAAACGAAACAAUUCCAGACCCAGACCCAUCUCUAUCUAUCUAAUCUGUACCUACAUAUGGAACCGAGAUGAGGUCGACACUCCAGCGUGUCCAAUUAUUAUACGGGAAUACAUUGCCGACGUGGGUAACAAAGUAACAAAGUAACAAAGCAUUUGGUCCCCGUUCUAUUUUAUUUAUCCUUCUAAAUCGGGAUAAGCGUCGAAUUGGUCGGGGAUGGCUCCUAGCAGCCGUCCACCACCUCCAAUAUCUAUCGUCGCUCCUACUAUCCAAACACCCGACGAUCACGAUUACGACUUCGACGGUGACGAAGACGGUCGGAGCGAUACUAAUUAUUCAUCCUACGAGGGUAAUAGCCUACUCACACCCAAUCGCGACGCUUUCUACGAUCCCAAUCGCUUGUCCCCUGUAGCUCCAACUUUCCAGAACAACGACUUCUUUCUAAGUCCCAACAUGGCCUCUAGCUCAGGCGGUCUCAACGAGAAUGCAUCACCAAUCGAUAUCCCUGGCUCGUCCAAUGGCGGCGCCGCCCCGAAUCCCUUCAAUUUCCAGACUCAGAUAAUAUCUACCUCCCCCGUCAAACCCAACGUCGGUCAACGUCGCGGUCACAAGUACAAACACUCGAGCAUCAGCGCCCAGCACCAGAUAUUCCAAGAACCACCUCCACGACCACCCCUCGCCUUACCUCGCGAUCUGCCCAUACCCACAGUAAGGGAAGCAUGGAAGUCAAUGUCAAAAGACCAACGACGACGGUUAUACUGGUGUACAUGCCACCUCUUCAUCGCCAUAUCCGUAUUCCUCUCCGCCCACGGGUCCCUAGCCAUGACAGCCCUCUCCCACCUAGUAUUCUUCGACGUCGGGUCCGCACUAAUCUGCGUAGCCGUCGACGUAUUCGGGAACUUCGAAGUAUGGAAACGAAGCAGCAUCCGCCAUCCCUUCGGCCUCGAACGCGCCGAAGUCCUCGCCGGUUUCGCGCUUAGCAUUUUCUUAAUCUUCGGCGGUUUCGACCUCGUCAGUCAUAACUUGAAACAUGUGCUUGAGGGUAAAGGUGGACAUGCUCCGCAUCACCCCGAUCCACAUGAGGAGGAGGGUCCGAGAGUGUCGCCUGGAGGCCUGGAUAUGGCGAGUCUGGCGGCUAUUGUGGCGACGUUGGUGAGUGCGUAUGGGUUGAGGAAUCAUGCGAGGAUUAGUAAGGUCAUGCGCGUCAGUUAUCUUGCUAGUCUACCCAGUGUCCUGUCGAACCCGUUCCACUUCCUCACAUUAUCUACCUCCGCGCUCAUGGUACUCCUCCCGCUCCUCGCGAUCCCGGUCGACGGUCUCCUCGACAGCGCGGUCUGCGGACUCGUCGCUAUUGCUAUGUUCGCGCUUGGUCUCCGACUGGCUAUAGCCCAAGGUCUCAUGCUACUCAUGAGCUAUGGCGGUCGUUCCGGCUCAGGUAGUCCGGGCAAGAAUAAGGAUAUCGGAGUCGCGGAUGUGGUACGCGAGAUCGAGGCUGAACCAAGUGUGGAGAGGGUCGAGGAGGCACAGUUCUGGCAAGUGCAUUAUGGCCUCUGCAUGGCUAAUCUCAAGCUCUCGGUAGCUAGAGGUUGUGACGAUGCGACGUUAUGUCGACUGCGUGCACGUAUACAGAAUCUUGUGCAGAAUCGUCUUGGCGAGGGGUAUGGAAAAGGAGGGAGUUUGCGGUGGGAAGUUAGUCUGCAGAUGGGCACGACGAACAGAUUUUAAUGAACGGCGCUUUUUUAUUGAGGGUGUGUACAUUACGGUCGGUCUGGAUCAUAUCAUCGGCGGUGUUUGGUGUUGGCGUCUGCUAGAUUCAUGUUGGCGGGCAAAGACGAAAACAAAACUUAGACGAGACAAGAUCGGGGGAGGGAGGAGAACCGGCGCCACGUAUACAUUUUGGUCCCUUUUUGUAUAUAUCUUUAAGGGGUGAAGACACUGUACAUAUCUUUACUAAAUACUUCAAAACGAGGGGAGAAAUAUAAAUACGGCAUUUCUCUUAUAUCUAACAGGGAGCUUAGGGUAUGAAGUGAGCAUACAUUGAUACUUUAACGUCGAAGGUUUGUUGUUGUAAACGAUGGGCAACGGUGAAGUACUAGAGGAAGGAUAUUUCAAGGGCAGCGAAUCUAAGUUUAUAGUCCACCUGUUCAUAGG